GCUGCUGAUGCUGAAGAACGGCUGGUGAAUAGCCUGUUGGGCCCAGAUCGAUACAACAAGCUCAUCAGGCCAGCAGUAAACAGAAGCCAGUUAGUAACUAUAGCGAUUCAGGUAUCGCUUUCACAGCUCAUAAGUGUGAAUGAAAGGGAACAGAUUAUGACAACGAAUGUCUGGCUCACCCAGGAGUGGAAUGAUUAUCGCUUGACGUGGGAUCCUCAGGAGUAUGAAGGCAUUAAGAAACUCAGAAUCCCUUCACAACACAUCUGGCUACCUGAUAUUAUUCUAUAUAAUAAUGCUGAUGGAAACUAUGAAGUAUCCUUUUAUUGCAACGCGGUCGUAUCUAACAAUGGUGAUGUUUUUUGGCUUCCCCCGGCCAUCUAUAAGAGUGCAUGCAAGAUUGAAGUCAAGCAUUUUCCUUUCGAUCAACAAAACUGCACAAUGAAGUUCUGCUCCUGGACCUAUGAUCAUACUGAAAUUGACCUGGUUUUAACAAGUGAUUUUGCAAGCAGAGACGACUUCACCCCUAGUGGAGAAUGGGACAUUGUUUCUCUACCAGGGAGAAAAAAUGAAAACCCUGAAGACCCAACGUAUGUGGACAUUACUUAUGAUUUCAUUAUUAAGAGAAAGCCAUUGUUUUAUACCAUCAACUUGAUUAUUCCUUGUGUGCUUAUAACUUCGCUGGCAAUUUUGGUAUUUUAUCUUCCAUCAGACUGUGGUGAAAAAAUGACACUAUGCAUUUCAGUCCUUCUUGCUUUAACUGUAUUUUUGCUGCUAAUCUCAAAGAUUGUUCCACCAACAUCACUAGAUGUCCCACUUAUAGGUAAAUACCUGAUGUUUACCAUGGUGCUGGUGACUUUUUCCAUUGUCACUAGUGUCUGUGUGCUGAACAUUCAUCAUCGGUCACCGAGCACUCAUACAAUGCCACAGUGGGUAAAGAGGGUGUUUAUAGAAAAGCUGCCAGCUUUAUUAUUCAUGAAGAGGCCAGAUACAAAUAUACGAGAGAGAAUGCGUAUAAAGCAACGGAAAUCUUACCCUGAUCCUAAAGUAGACAAAAGUGAUGGUGAGUCGUUUUAUGUCAAUGAAGAUUCUGCCAAGAAGUAUGGCUGGAAAAUAAGUGACAUACCUGAUAGCACAGAGUUCAGGAAGAGAAUGACCAUUAAAUGCAACCCUGAUGUCGAAGAGGCUGUUGAGGGGGUGCGGUUUAUUGCUGAACACAUGAAAACCGAGGAUGAUGAUCAAAGUAUAAUUGAGGACUGGAAAUAUGUUGCCAUGGUUAUUGAUCGUCUUUUCUUGUGGAUAUUUGUUUUUGUCUGCGUGGUUGGAACAGUUGGACUUUUUCUUCAGCCUUUGUUUCAGAAUUACAACACUCCAAGUAUGGCUGAUGGCGAGUAAUUGCCCCCUGUAUUGAAACACUGCAACCAGAUACCAAUUGUAACGUUUACAAAAAGGUCACAUGCUCAGAAGCAACUCAGGACUACU